AUGCCUUCCACUAAGAAGACUCUACAUUUUAUGUCCAGUGCGCUGCUUACUUCCAUAUCAGUUGGGUUAUUGGGGUUUGGCAUGUCAACACAAUGGGCUAUAAUGACCAUGGAGUGCGCAAGAGGUGGCAGUGGCCUCUACAAUGGAACUGCUACAGUCACUUUGGAACUUUUUGAAGGAUUAAUGGACAGAGUCUCUUGUCCUACUUUUGGAGCUGAAACUGAUUUUGAAGUGUUUCCUAAGUUGUCAGGAACGGGAAUUGCCUCUCUGGUCCUGCAUGCUUUGUCUUUGUGCCUGUUGUGCCUGUGUCUGUUGUGCUCUGCUGGCAGCAUCCUUAUCUCCCUCUACAACAGCGUCAGUAACCCUUAUGAGACCUACAUGGGGCCUAUCGGUGUCUACGUCUGCAGCUCAAUCAGCACAUGUUUGUCCGUUUUGGUUCUCAUCUUAUUUGUGGUGAAUGUCAACUUGACCAGCAUGGCAGAGGAAUUGGUGAUGAGCUUCAAUGAGGACGUGGACCUGAAGAACAAGUCUGUAGAAAUGCAGGUCGGAUACUACCUGCUCAUCCCUUACGCAGUGCUCUCUCUCCUCGCCCUCAGCUUAAUCUACAUGUAUGACCAUGCAGCCUACACCCAGAGGAGAGAACAGCAGAGGCCUACUGAAGAUGCACCCAAAGAGAUAAUGAUGUAUUAG